AUGGCAUUAAUCUUAGAUAAUUGGAAUGAAUGGAGUGAAUGUACGGAAUCGUGUGGUGGAUGUGGUAUGCAGAAUCGUACAUUAAUGCUAUUAAAUGGUAUGCAUAUUGUACAUGUUCGCCACUGUAACACAAAACCAUGUAUGAAUGAAGAAGAACCAUGUUGUGAACCAUUUAAAUUUAUAAACGAAAAAUGCUUGGUAGUGGGAGAAAUUCAAAAUGAUAGAUCAAAAUUUAACAACGAUUCACAAAAUGAAGCAGAUGAAGCAAUAGUAGCUUGGGAAAAUAUUAAAGGAGAUGAUAAGCAAUUUGAUGAUUCACAAGAACAAAGGAAAGAAGCGGUAAAUGCUUGGGACAGUAUUAGAGGAAUGCGAUUUCCAUUAAAAAAAUCGAACAAUGUAAAUUCGACUGAUCUGAAUGAUAUCAGAGAUAGUGAUGAUUAUGUUGUGAUCGAGGGUAGUGGAGAAUUUGAUAAUGAAAUGGAUAGCAAAACAAACAAUACUAAAAUUAUUAAAAAUAUGGACGCAUCACACGGUACUACAAGAGCAUCAAAAAGAAGAAAAAUUAGUAAAGGUUAUAAUCGGAAAAACUACAAACAACGACAGCGACGCUACAGACAGAAUCUUCCACGAGUGGCCUCAAAAUCACAGAAUACUGAGAAGUCCGAAAAAUCACAAAAAAUGUUUGAUAGCAUUUACAUAUAUGAUUAUUACGACUAUUAUUACUAUUAUUAG